UUUCUCAUUGAAAAAUCAUGGCAUCCAAGCACAUUUUAGCAUCGUUUCUUUUGUUUUCUUCAUGGGUGUUCGUGGGCUACUCUGAAAUAGGAUUUGCAACCGCUCUUCAAGGAGGCUCAUCGGGGGGUGGAAAUUCGAUGGCAUGCUUACAGAAACUCCUUCCAUGUCAGGCAUACUUGAAGCCACCCUCCUCGCCGCCUACGGCGUGCUGUUUGCCGUUGAAGGAGAUGGUCUCCGACGAUCCCAAGUGCCUCUGCGACGUAUUCGACAAUCCAGACAUCUUGAAGUCGCUCAACGUUACCAAGGAUGAUGCCAUGAAGCUUGCAAAGGCCUGCGCUGUCAAUGCCGACAUUUCAGUUUGCAACAAAGAAGCUUCCCCGCCAACCAAUUCAGCAGCUGCCCUUGCUCCCUCUUCUUCCAACAGUUCUUCCUCAAACAAAUCAAGCAAUUCAGCACCAAAAGUUGCAGUCUGUGGGUUCUCUCACUUUGGUGUUUCUGGUUUCACAGCUCUCAUUGUGGCUCUAUUUAUUUCAGCAUUCCAGGCCUGAUAGAUCUUUCUUGGAGUGAGGGAAUUUGAACUUCCUAUCCCAAUAAAUAUACAGAAUCUGUUUGUCAAUGCAUUUUAGAAGAU